ACGGAAAUAGAUUUGUUAAGUUGGUACUAACGGGAAGUUAACCUCUUUUCUGUUCGUCACAUUGCUGUGUUGACGUUGUCAUAAUCAAGUAAUAAAAAAUGGGUAGAUACGCUCGAGAACCAGAUACUCCGGCGAAAUCCUGCAAAGCGAGGGGCUCGAAUCUCCGCGUUCACUUCAAGAACACCGCGGAAACCGCAAAUGCAAUCAAAAAGAUGCCGUUAAAACGCGCCGUUGCGUAUUUAAAGAACGUAAUUGGUCAAAAAGAAUGCGUCCCAUUCCGUCGUUUUAACGGGGGCGUUGGGAGAUGCGCCCAAGCUAAACAAUGGGGUACAACUCAAGGUCGUUGGCCGAAAAAAUCAGCUGAAUUUUUACUCCAGCUUUUGCGUAACGCAGAAAGUAACGCGGAUUAUUCCGGAUUGGAUGUUGAUCGCUUAGUUGUUGAGCAUAUCCAAGUAAAUCGUGCCCCGUGUUUGAGAAGGAGAACUUAUAGAGCUCACGGUAGGAUUAAUCCGUACAUGUCUUCGCCGUGUCACGUUGAGUUAUGGUUACACGAAGGUGAAGUGGCCCCAGCGAACGCCGCAAAAACUAAAAAGACCACCGAGAAGACCACGAAGAGGGUUAAAACAGCUGUUUAAUUGUAUUUAAAGGGGUGUUUUAAUUUGUAAGGGACUUUAAAUAAUAAAAAAAGUUAAAUUAAA